CCAACCUAUAAUAACAUCUCAUUCUUUUCCCCUCAACAUUACUUCAUCAUCAUCACCCACCUAACUUUUACAAAUUAAAUAUCCUCUCAAUGGUCUCUUCUCUCUAUCUAACCCCUUCAUCUCUUGCUAACAUUUCUUCUCUUCAAACUUCUAAAUCUUUACCUCUCACCAUACAACAAAUCCAUACAAAUCCAAAACAUUUCAGUGUCAAUUACGUGUUCCAAGUCCCUUCCACCAAUAAACAUUGCCUUAUCAUCACAAAGGCUACAAAUGGCAAUGGUGUUGGUGGUAACCAACAAAAUACAAAACCUAAUAGUGUGAUUUGUGCUGAUUGUGAUGGAAAUGGAGCUGUUGUAUGCUCUCAAUGCAAAGGUGAUGGGGUGAAUUCUGUUGAUUUUUUCAAUGGACUCUUUAAAGCUGGUGCCUCCUGUUGGCUUUGCGGAGGCAGAAAAGAAAUUUUAUGUGGGAGCUGCAAUGGUGCUGGUUUUAUUGGCGGCUUCUUGAGCACGUAUGAUCAGUAACAAGAGACAGAUUCAACAAUUUCCAACACAGUUAAUCAGUACAUAUAUUAUGCAUAUAAGUUCUUGCUUCAAAUACUUUUCACUCUUUAAAUUUUGUGUAUUGCUAUUUAUUUCAAUUCAUAUAUCAAAUACUAUUAUAUCACACAUUAUAGAUUGACAGAACAAUAUUAGUUUCCUACUAGGGACUAGUUUCUUA